GGUUAAGAGUAGCGGUGGUUUCCAAAGCUGGUCGCAGGAAUGAUGCGUUUUCGUUGUCGCACAGGUGGCGUGGCUCGGUUAAGCCGGUAGUUGAGGCGCUGAGGGAAGCUGUAGUGGGAGUGUUCGAGGAUUCGCUUUGUAUAUCUAAAGUUGAAGUUUGCUGCUAAAAAUGGCAGACCCAGACGUCCUCACUGAGGUUCCUGCAGCAUUGAAGAGGUUAGCCAAGUAUGUGAUCCGGGGGUUUUAUGGCAUUGAGCAUGCUUUGGCCUUGGACAUCUUGAUCCGGAACCCCUGUGUGAAAGAGGAGGAUAUGCUGGAGCUGCUCAAGUUUGAUCGGAAGCAACUUCGAUCAGUUCUGAAUAAUUUAAAGGGAGACAAGUUCAUCAAAUGCAGAAUGAGGGUAGAGACUGCUGCAGAUGGGAAGACCACUCGCCAUAACUACUACUUUAUCAAUUAUCGUACUCUUGUAAAUGUGGUCAAAUAUAAAUUGGACCACAUGAGAAGGAGGAUUGAAACUGAUGAGAGAGAUUCCACCAACCGGGCUUCCUUCAAAUGUCCUGUGUGUAGUAGUACUUUUACAGACUUAGAAGCUAAUCAGCUCUUUGAUCCCAUGACAGGAACUUUCCGCUGUACUUUUUGCCAUACAGAGGUAGAAGAAGAUGAAUCAGCAAUGCCCAAAAAAGAUGCACGCACUCUUCUGGCAAGGUUUAAUGAACAAAUUGAGCCCAUUUAUGCAUUGCUUCGGGAGACAGAGGAUGUGAACUUGGCCUAUGAAAUACUUGAGCCAGAACCCACAGAAAUACCAGCCCUGAAACAGAGCAAGGACCGUGCAGCAGCUACCACUGGAUCUGCUGGCCUGGCAGGUGGGCACCACCGGGAAGCAUGGGCCACCAAAGGUCCCUCCUAUGAGGACUUAUACACUCAGAAUGUUGUCAUUAACAUGGAUGACCAGGAAGAUCUUCAUCGAGCCUCAUUGGAGGGCAAGUCUGCCAAAGAGAGACCCAUUUGGUUGAGAGAAAGCACUGUCCAAGGAGCAUAUAGCUCUGAAGAGAUGAAGGAAGGUGGCAUAGAUAUAGAUGCAUUUCAAGAGCGCGAGGAAGGCCGUGCAGGGCCGGAUGAUAACGAGGAGGUCAUGCGAGCACUGCUUAUUCAUGAGAAGAAGACCCCCUCUGCCACGGCGGGCUCAGUAGGGGCAGCUGCUCCUGUGACUGCUGCCAAUGGCAGUGACUCGGAGAGUGAGACCAGUGAGUCAGAUGAUGACUCCCCACCCCGUCUGGCAGCUGUGGCUGCACCUCAUCGGGAAGAGGAUGAGGAAGAUGAUGAGUUUGAGGAAGUAGCAGAUGACCCCACUGUUAUGGUGGCUGGCCGUCCAUUCUCCUACAGUGAAGUGAGCCAGCGGCCAGAGCUGGUGGCCCAGAUGACACCAGAGGAGAAGGAAGCAUACAUAGCAAUGGGACAACGCAUGUUUGAGGACCUCUUUGAGUGAGCUUUCCCUACCUUUACCUCCUUUCCCUAAUGCUCAUUUCAAAAAGAAACUCCCUACCUUUGAAGAAAAGUUUUUAUUGGCUUUCUGAUCCUCUUGAUGUAAAGCAACUAUUAAUCUUGCAGAGAGAAUAAUGGGAGAGAAAGUUUGAUUUUUAUGCCAGAAACUUCUGAACAAGGUAGGUUGGCUAUAAGCAUUCCUUUUCCUGCUAUUAUUACAGUAUUAAUAUUUUACUGUAUUUCCUUAUCUAAUCUUUUUUCUUCCCUUUUUAAGACACAUUUUUCUCCCUUCUGAAUGAGUGAGGGAAGUCUGUAAGGUAGAUUCUUCCUGUGUGCCUGCAGAAGCCCACCAUAAUAGGUUACAGUAAUUCACUGAUCACAUCCUUUUUGUCUAUUCUACAAGCAUUCCAGACAAUUCCUGAUAUUGCUGCCAACCAAAGCAGUUUGCCAACAGGCAAAUCAUUGAUGAGGGAAAAAACAAUCUUAAAACUUCAUACUGCCUCACAAUUGAGGAUGGAGUCAAUAUGUAAGGGGAGGUGGAGUGUGUAUGGAAGUGGGAUGGGUAUGCAUAAAUCUCAUCAUCAAUAUCUAAACCAAAAUUUGUGUCUUGGGAACCGACCUGACUGGUAGAUUCUUUUGUUUUGCUUAUUGACUUUUGGUUUGGAUGUUGGAUGAUAGAAAACAGAGUGUGGUGAACCCUUAUGAAGAAAUUAGAAACAAACAUGGACAUAGGACAAGGAGUUCAUGUAAAGGGCUGAAGAGUGGAGCAGUGCCUUUUAGAAUUGCCUGAGUUUGUGCUGAUUUGGAAAUCGUUUAUAUAAAGCGGAGACUGGUCUCCUUUUUCCCUUCUUCUGCAAUGCUAAAAAUUGUUUAAUGAGGCCAUUCCAGCAGAAAUCAGCAUAUGACAGUUGAUUACUCCUCUCUUUCUCUCAGCAUCAGUGAAGGCCUUCUUUUUCUCCCUUUUGGUUCUUGUCAGACAUGAUAUUUUAGAGUGCAUUCAGUAUAUUGUUGAGCAUUGUAACCUCAAGGAACAUAGUUUAUUUUUGGUUCCGAUAUGUAGCAUGGUAUUAUUCCCUAAGGCAGAACUUCAAAAAUGAGGAAAUUUCAUACAAGGAUCUAUAACAAUUGUAUUUUUUGUAAUAUUUUCCCUUGCUUUGUAAUUUUUAAGUAUUUAUCAUUUGUGUGUGAAGUUAAGAUAGAUUUUAGAGUAUCUGAGCCUUGUAUGAAGUGAUGUUUCAUUUACCUGGGUUGUAUUAAUGACUGAAUGUUGACAAUAAAUCUAUUUUAUACUGACUGAAAUUUGCUCAUUUCCACCUCUGUAACAUCUUGGAGCAUAAUUAAAAUGAAUACUCUUGCCAUUAAAAAA